AAAGAACGUACGUAGAUCGCUUCUCUCGACGGUCUCGACAAGUUGUCGUCGAAGACACCAUCUGUACCAGGUUCCUCUUCUUCUUUGCUUCACAUUUUCGGUCCAUACUUGUCUUGCGUUUUUUGGAGGUAAAAAUUGCACGAUACCGUAAUCAGCGUGGUGCAGUAAUCAAGAUGCUGCACAGAUUCGCGGUGUUCGCGAUCUUCGCGAUGGUGGCUGUAUCCGCCACGAGUCCGCCACGAGUGCUUACGAUGUGCAUCCCAGUGAAGUAUGCGAAGGAAUGCGAGAAGAUGAUGGAGGAUUCGGCCAGCAAAGGCAUUCUGAUAUCGUGUAUUUCCGGUCGCGAUCGAUACGACUGUAUUGAGAGGGUUGGCAAAAGGGAAGCUGACAUCGUUGCCGUGGAUCCUGAAGAUAUGUAUCUCGCGGCGAAGAAUCAUUUAGCUGGAAAAAACGGAUACAGUGUCGUUGAACAGGUGAGAACGAAGGAGGAACCCGACGCGACGUAUCGUUAUGAGGCGGUAGCUGUCAUACACAAGGAUCUGAACAUUAACAACGUUCAAGGCCUGAGGGGUCUUAAGUCCUGCCAUACAGGCGUGGGCCGUAAUGUCGGUUACAAGAUUCCCAUCACGAAACUCACUGCUAUGGGUGUGCUGACCGAUAUCAACAACCCGGAAUAUUCCGCUCGCGAGAAUGAGCUUCGUGCUUUGAGCACGCUCUUCAACAAAGGCUGUCUGGUGGGCAGGUGGUCGCCCGAUCCCGAGAUCAAUCAGAGACUCAAGGAGACAUACAGUAAUAUGUGUGCUCUUUGCGAGAAACCAGACGUGUGCGAUUAUCCAGACAUAUAUUCCGGAUACGAGGGCGCGUUGCGCUGUCUGGCUCACAACGGCGGUGAUGUUGCCUUUACGAAAGUCAUCUACGUGAAGCGCUUCUUCGGCUUGCCCGUUGGGGUCACCCCGGCGGUGCCGACACCCGAAAAUCCGGCUGAGUUCCGAUACUUCUGUCCGGACGGUAGCAAAGUACCCAUUGACGCCCAUACGAAACCGUGCACAUGGGCCGCCCGACCUUGGCAAGGAUACAUGAUCAACGGGGAUGAUGUUCCGAACGCGAUAACUAUUCAGAGAGAACUAACGGAACUAGGUCAGCUUGGCGAGACCGAGAAGGCAGAUUGGUGGAAGGAUCUCAUGUUGCUUGACGAGAAAACCUUGGCUGUCGCCGCGCCACCAAUAUCUCCGGAAGAGCAUCUGAAAAGCGCAAAAUAUAUGGAUGUGAUCGAAAGAAAUUCCGGAGCUCCGGAGAGGAAUGCUCGUUGGUGCGUUUGGAGUCAAAGUGCGCUGGACAAGUGUCGCAGUCUCGCUAAAGCCGCAUUCUCCAGAGAUGCCAGACCUAGAUUUGACUGCAUACUGGAACAGGAUGAGAUUGCUUGCUUGAAGGCUGUCAGGGAUAACGGAGCGGACAUAACUGUGAUCGAUGGCGGAUCGGUGAAAUUGGCAAUCGACAAUUAUAAUGCAAAACCGAUCGUCGCUGAGACUUACGGCGAGGGAUCAACGCAAGUCAACGAAAGACCGGCAGUCGCUGUUGUGAAGAGCGGUUCUUCUAUAAAUGGAUUAGAGGAUCUCAGAGGCAAGAAAUCUUGUCACAGCGGCUACGUGGGUGAUUUCGCUGGUUAUUCCGCACCGGCUCAUAUUCUUAAACAAAAGGGGCUUAUUAAUGAACCGGGAGAGAUGGAUGCCUUCUUCUCCGAGUCUUGUGCACCUGGCGCACCUCUCCAGUCCAAGUCUUGUCAAUUAUGCGUCGGCAAUAUCAAAUCUGGUGACGAUCAAGUGAAAGAAGCCACGAAAUGCAGACCUACGAAUGCGGAAUAUUACAAUGGCGGAAAAGGAGCACUCAGAUGUUUGAAGGAUGGUAAAGGAGAUGUUGCAUUCCUACCUUUAACGUCUUUGAAGCAGCUCGAUAACGAGAAGGACGAUGCAGGCAAACAGGAAGACUAUGCCUUGCUUUGCCCGAAUGGUGGUCAGGUGCCUAUCAAAGAAUGGGAGCGUUGUAAUUUAGGCUUAGAGCCACCAAGGAUAAUUGUCAGUUCGGCCGAGAAGACCCCGAAUGCCUUGGAAGAAUUGAAACAUGGCAUUUUAGCCGCGAGCACUUUAUAUUCGAAGCAACCGCAUCUGUUGCGUCUUUUCGGCGCCUGGGAUGAUAAGCGCAAUGUAUUAUUCAAGGACAACGUGAAAGAAUUGUUAUCCACUGAUAACUCAUGGGACAAUAAGUGGGAUACUUGGGCAAGUAUUCAACGGGACUACGGAAAUCAUUAAAUUUUCGCACUCGAAAAUUUUAACAGCAUCUGAUUGCUUACGAUGGAUGUCGUACUAUAUAUGUGAUAUUAUUAUUGCUGAGAAAUUAUCAUUAUUAGGUUAUAUAUCAAUGACUCGUAUAGAGAACUGUUAGAUAAAUAAAUACUGUUACAGUCGAUGACCUCAUUUAUGUUUAUGCAAAUUGACAUAUUAUCGCGAUAGAGAUAAUACAUUUUAAAAUAUCGACAUUAACAUAAGAAAUCAUGAUUUUCUUCAAUUGUCAAUAAUAAAAAAAUAUAUAUUUUUCCGAA